AUGGCUGCCAGGAGCCGCUUUCAUCCAGAAAGCAGAAGUCAUGAGCAGUCAGAAACCUACACACUCCGUCGGUCAAAAACCUACAACCUCCUCGUUGCAUGGCUCCUGUACCUGUUCUUUAAGUACAUGCCAACAGAUCUUCCUCCUGUAUCUGAGCGAUACGAUCACCGCUACGGUCGCUUACGCCCGGGGAUACGUGGUCCGUAUGGGAGUGAACCUCAGGACACGCUCCAAUAUCCCGAUCGGAGUUAUGAAGGUCCUAUAAUGUUCUACGAACUGGCGACUACCUUACAAGAGCAUGCGUGGGUCCGAGAUAUGAAAGGCAAUAUUCUCUUCGCCGUUUCAGACUUGAAAAAUGUCCCUCGGGUUCUGCCUAUGGCGUGUGCAAUGGCACAGCAUAACAGGACACGAGUUCAUCUGGCAUUUAUGGGACGUGAUGCCGCAGCCUGGUCAGACAUCCGCGCCACAAAUGGGAUGGAAGAUUUAGGUUGCAAUAUCAAUUUCCACGAUGCGCGACCUGACCACGCGGCUCAGUCGUCUAUACAGAGGCUGCAGGUCAGUGCAGCUGCAAGUCUGGGACACAUUCAUUCUGUCAUACAACUGCAUGCGGUUAUAAUUACAGAAAACGAGGAUGAAUAUCUGGUCAAUGCUUUGAGGGAGAAGACAUUGUCGACUGGUCUUCCUCUCAUCAUGCUUCCCAGCAACCCGCAGAGUUUGUCGUGGGUCUCAUUCUUGGAUGCCGCAUCCCUCUCAAAGCUCGAUAAAGUCCAGAUUGACAUCGUCAUCCAAGCGCAGCCUGGGUCUUCAGCUUCACUGAUACGGCUUCUAAGCUCGAUCAAGGACGCCGACUACUCAGGAUGGGUGCUUCCGAGGUUGACGAUUGAACUCCCCAGCAAAGUUGAUCCCUUCCUCACUCGAUAUUUGUCAAAUUUCCGAUGGCCUGCUAAUGGCGCCGAUAGCGAGAGUAGACUCACAAUCAAACACAGACUGGACACGAGACUCAUGACCCCUGUUCAAGCGUGUAUGCGAACAGUCGAGUCCUUCUACCCUGCUGCAGCGAGUACUUCACACGUUCUGUUGCUCUCACCCAACAUCGAGCUCUCACCGAACUACUUCCAGUUUCUAAUGUACACUUUACUUGAGUAUCGUUACGGAUCACAGAGAGCAGGUUUGAUCGAACUCAUGGCUGGUAUCUCGCUGGAUCUGCCUCAAUAUGGACCAGACAUGAAAACGAAGGCGCCAUAUGGAGGACAACUUGCGGAGCCUUUCACCCUUUGGCAAGUACCCGCAUCCUCUGCGGUGCUCUAUUUUGGAGAUCGAUGGGUGGAAUUUCACGCUUUCCUGUCUCAUCGACUCCUCCGAGAUCCAGAGCUUAAGUCGAAGACCAAAUCCACACCACUGCUGUCACAUGAAUAUCCAGCAUGGAUGGUUCCAAUGCUUGAAAUGAUGCAAGCGCGUGGUGAUUACAUCUUGUACCCAAGUUUUAUGGAGAGGGAGGGCCUAUCAGCGGUCACAGUACACAGUGAACUUCAUCAGCCCCCGGAAGAAUACAUUGCGGAGGAAGAAGAUCAAAAAUCGGACAACGGGGCCCCAAAGAUGAGUUUGGCCGAUGAUAAAGCGCUGACGGCGGAUGACGAGAUCGCUCGACUGAUGCGUCAUGAACAGAGGUUGUCUGGCAACUCGCUUACCACUCCGCUUCUAGCGGUUACGGUACAACUACAGGCAGAUAACCUUUUAACAGGACGCAACAUUCCAUUAAUGUCCUUUCACGGUGAAAAGAGAGAAUGGGCAGAUUCCUGGGCCGUCGCGUCAAAAUUCGCAGAGGAAUUCGCAGUUUCUGUCGGGGGAUGUGCCGGUUACAAUAGUCACCAGGACGAUAACACGGUCGCGUCGCUAUUCUGCCUUGCGGCUGGUUGA